GGAGGCUACCUGGAUGGAAUAUGAGGUGUUGCCCCUUCCACUGAGUGGCCUCAUAGUCAAAGAAGGUGACCAUGGAUCAACAUAUCAGAACUUGAAUGGGGAUAGGAAUUAAAAAGGUUGGCUAACAAGAAAUUCCGCUUUUGGCAGAUGGAGCGGCGGUGGUCAAUAAAGUGGUUCCCCAAUUUACAUCAGGUCUCACUAAUGUAGAGGAGGCUGCAGCGGGAGCACCGGAUACAACAAACAACCCCAACAGAUUCACAAAUGAGGAAUUCUGCAGAUGCUGGAAAUUCAAGCAACACACUCGCGGAUAAGAGGUUGCCUCACCUGGGAGGGCUAUUUGGGGCUCUGAUUGGAGGUGAAUGGGCAUUUCUGUCGUUUGCAGGAUUAUGUACCAGGAGGGAGACGAAUGAACAAGGGAAUCGCAGAGGGAGCGAUCAGGGGGGGAAGGAGGAGUAAAGAUAUAUUUGGUGGUAGGUGAGGACAGGAGGAACUCUAUCCCUGUUAAAGUGAUGGGAAGAUGGGUGAGCGUAGAUGUCCGGGAAAUGGAGAAGAUGCGGGUGAGGGAAGCAUCAAUGGUUAGUAGAAGGGAAACCACGUUCUUUGAACCCGGACUUAUCAGGGUUCGGACGGUUGAUCUGGUUCCAGGUUGGGUAGACCCAAUGCAGUCCCGCUCGGGAGGGUCUUGACGCCCGAGGGAGGAGUUACAAGCCGAAGGCCGGAGCUACGCGGGCGGAAAGGUGGAGCCAAGCGUCGGGCAUCCGCAGGAGGGGGAGGGGCGGCAGCAGGGUUUCACACGCCUGCGCGCUCCCUCUGCAUCUUGAGCUAAGAUGGCGGCCUCCUCCUUGGAGCAGAAGUUGUCGCGUCUGGAAGCCAAGCUGAAACAGGAGAACAGGGAGGCGCGGCGCCGGAUCGACCUCUCCCUCGACAUGAGCUCGCCUUCCAGCCCGAGGAGACCCCGACCAAUUAUAGUGAUCACUCUAAGCCCUGCUCCUGCCCCAUCCCAACGAGCAGCUCUUCAACUUCCAUUAGCAAAUGAUGCAGGCAGCCGCUCAUCUUCAUCAGAAACCUCACCACAACACCACCCACCCCCUUCACGCCCUCGGCACAUGCUCAGCCUCCCACAACCUCUGCUACAGAAGAGUAUGGAAAGCAUAGAGAUUGAGCAGAAGCUGCAAGAAAUCAUGAAGCAGACUGGGUACCUGACAAUAGGAGGGCAGCGAUAUCAGGCCGAAAUCAGUGACCUGGAAAACCUGGGUGAGAUCGGCAGUGGUACAUGUGGGCAGGUCUGGAAAAUGAGAUUCAAGAAGUCUGGACACAUAAUAGCUGUGAAGCAAAUGCGGCGCUCGGGUAACAAAGAAGAGAACAAGCGAAUCCUGAUGGAUUUGGAUGUAGUGUUGAAAAGUCAUGACUGCCCUUACAUCGUGCAGUGCUACGGGACCUUCAUUACCAACACUGAUGUGUUCAUUGCCAUGGAACUGAUGGGUACAUGUGCUGAGAAGCUGAAGAAACGGAUUCAGGGGCCUAUUCCAGAAAAGAUUCUUGGCAAAAUGACGGUUGCGAUUGUCAAAGCUUUGUUUUAUCUGAAGGAGAAGCAUGGUGUCAUUCACAGAGAUGUCAAACCUUCUAAUAUUCUUCUGGAUGAGCGGGGUCAAAUCAAAUUAUGUGAUUUCGGGAUUAGCGGGAGACUGGUAGACUCGAAAGCAAAAACGAGGAGUGCAGGAUGUGCAGCAUACAUGGCGCCAGAAAGGAUCGAUCCUCCUGAUCCAACCAAACCCGAUUAUGACAUCAGAGCGGACGUUUGGAGUCUGGGAAUUUCACUGGUUGAACUCGCUACAGGGCAGUUUCCAUAUAAAAACUGUAAAACAGAUUUUGAAGUUUUAACAAAGGUGCUGCAGGAAGAUCCUCCUCUGCUUCCUUCAAGCAUGGGCUUCUCAAUGGACUUCCAGUCAUUUGUAAAAGAUUGCCUUACAAAGGAUCACAGGAAGAGACCAAAAUACAACAAAUUGCUUGAACACAAUUUUAUUAGACGCUAUGAGACUUUAGAGGUGGAUGUAGCUUCAUGGUUUAAAGAAGUUAUGGCAAAGACUGAAUCCCCACGAUCAAGCAGCAUCCUCAGCCAACAGCAUCUCCCCAUUUUCUCCAGGUAGCCAGCAGAGUGGUAAAUGAACCUGUGGGGGAGGAAAGAGUAUCGGCAAGUCAUCAGCAACACCCACAUCAUCAGGCAGAGCUCCUGAGACUGAUGAAUUGUACAUAGUCUACCCAUGGUUUUUCUGUCUAGUGUUGUGUUCUUUUUGAUUGACUCAGGAGUGUGGGCUGUUGUGUGUUUGAAGAUACUUUCAGUCUGUAGAAAGUAAACAAGGAAAAGUGUGGCAAACCACAUAUUGGACUAAGGGUUUGUUCCACUAUUACUGUGAAAAGCUUACAUGCUGCCGUUAACCUCUGCCCUCCCCAUUAAUCUCUCCUUAUGGGACAAAUGGUCAUUGCACACUGCAGAGGAAUUGCAAAUUUAUAUAGUGUUUAAAUACUACCGGGUUAUGCACUGUGAUCAAAAAAGGAUUUUAGCUAAUUUAUUAAAUAUGAAAGUGUAGCUGAUGUGAACUCUCAAUGUAUUAGUGUGCAGGCACCUGUGUUAUACAAUAGACUAGUGUGUUUCAAACGCAUGAGAAACUGCUGCUUUAUUAUUUUUCUGACAGUAACUUUUAAAAUCUAUUUGGAAAAGGUUCAGAUCAGACAGGGCUUUCAGAAUUACUCUUCAAGUGAAAGUCUGGUGGAGUAUACCAAGGCUGUUUGCUUGGUAUUUUUGUUCUUGUUAGUUGAUUUGACAUAGUGUGUUAUGAUGCAUGCCCAGUGUCUGUAACCUAGGUACAUUCACUGGGUGAAAAUGUCAGAUUUUCAGUGGAUUAGUAAACAACCUCCAUAUGCAAGUAAUGAUUCUGAGUGAGUGUCGGUGCUGCUGCAACCUGAAAUCACACUUGUGCUGGCAAUUUCUUUUUAUAAUACCUGCAUAGUUGUUGCUGUUCAUACGGGUGCCAGUGCAAUUUAGGUGAUUAUAUCAGUGUCCCAGUUGCCACCUCCUGCUUUGAGGUUAGGUGAUGCAAGAUACAUCAAGCCCAAUGGGUGGAAUUUUAUAAAACUCAGUUUAAUUCUGAUUUUUACAAACAUCUGUUUGUGCUUCCUCUACACUUGCCUCGUGUAUUUUCUGCUAGUGUACACUACGGUUGAUAAAUUAAUUCAUUAUUGGUUUGCAACUACUUUCUGCAUUUGCCAGAGAAUGUGUUUCCAUUUGUGAGGUUGCACUGUGAGGAAAGCUUUAAGCAGGUGCCAGCCAUGGCCUGUCAGAAUGUCCCAGAGUGGGUCAGGUUGGUGGGCUGCUUCACAGAGAGUGAAGGGAGAUAGAAGGAAGAUGAUGCCAUGGGCAGGUAGUAGAAAGUGUGUGCUCCAGGAGUUUCUGUCAUUCCAUGAGCAUUGAAGCCGAGAGAAUUCUGCAUUUUGUCAAGCAAGGCUUAGGAUUUUUUAUGCUUUGAGGCUUUUAUUUUUAACUUGAAUUGCAUAAUUCUUCACAUUGAUAGCAACUGAUGCCGGCACAUUCAAAACAAAGCUUGAUUUGGAUUGAUUUUAUGAAGUGAUUCCAGUUGGUUGUAAACUUAAACCAAUCUUAAUUUUACGCAAAACAUGACAAGCUAGCAUCUGUUUCUGUGUUGCAUGUUGUAACUUUGAAGAUUUGCAUCACACUUAGUGAUAUUCUCUUCGAAAGCACUUCUGUACAUUGGGGUGAAAUUCUGAUAGAACCUCAUCCAUGUCAGGGGAUUGUGGGAGAGCACUCAGUGAGUAAAAAUCUUAUACAAUAUCCCUGUGAGCUCAUCCUUUUUUUUGCCCCCUGAAUCAGUAUCUAUUUUGGACAGAGGUUCAUUUUAAACAAAGAAACUGAUUUAACGUACAGUUUCCACAUUUCUCUUGUAAAUUUCUAGAUCCACUGUGAAUUUUCUCCACACAUUUGAUUACUUCACCAAAUAACGUUUUUUUUUAAUUUAAAUAGUUAACUCAAUCUAGACUAGUUGAAAGCAAUGUCUCCUUUCCCCCAUGGCACAAACAUUUCUUUCUAACUGUGUUUAUAAUUCCUCUGCUUUUGAUGGAAGCUGAAAAUCUGGCUUUUGAUGCAAUUUUGAAGGACUGGGCUAUGAAAUUAGUUUAGAAAUGGAUUCAGUAUGUGUGUUUAUGAUGAGUUUGAGGGGUUUUGUUAGGUCUCAGAAAGAAGGGUGAGUGAGACUGGUAGAUAGAGGGGAUCGGACUUCUGUUGGAAGCCUGUGCAGAUGAUAACAGUAGUGAGAACCUGUUUGCUGUAAAUAAGCUAUAUGCUGGGUGUUCUCAUUAUCAAGAGGCACAGAGAUAGCAUUGCAGUUUAAUCAUUCCCUGAAGUACUCAUGUAUGCUUUGAGUUACAGAACAGGCUAAAGAUAAAGAACAGAUAUGGCAUUAGUGAAACUGACUCAAUCGUAGAUGGUGGUGACAUUAAAACUGAAGGAUUCGUUAAAAAAGUCUUAUUUAGAGAUACCUUCAGGAACAAGUAGUCCUUGGUUUAGAUCAAUUCAGACAUACAACUAUAUUCAAAAUCCCUUGUUUGAAAACUGAAGGUCUGUUGGAUUAUUUGCAAAUAUCAGAUCUUGCCCAUGAGCGACAGCGGACAGUUGUGACAGUACAGCUGUACAAACCAUUUACCGCAGCCUCUCUGGCACAAGAUGGUCUGUGGUUCCCACAGAGACCACACCAAAUAAGUUGAGAGUUGGGAAUGAAGCCUGUCAGAGUCCAGUUGUGAUGCAUACAGAAACAAGAAUUCUGUUGUAUUGAGAAUAACUUCGGAAUAUUUCAACAAAUCUAUCAGUUUGGUGGCCCUGUUCUACUGCUCUCUUAUCAUCACCUCUAUUUGUUUUAUAAAUAUAACUCUAAAUAUCGGAUGAUCCAAAUCACUCUGUAAAGAGAAAGAACUUCUUUGUUAAAUUGCAUCAUGUUACAGAUCAUGCAUGAAGUUACUCCUUCAAGUUUCCCUUAUCUGAAAAUUCUUCAGCCGUUCGCUAUCAUCUGAGUACCAGAAACGGUCACUUUUACUCUGAUCAGCCAAUCUCAGGCCUUUGUGAAUUCACCCAAAGAACACCCUCAGCAAUGAGUAUAGGCACAGGGUAACAAGAGAUCUUCAGAGCGACACAUACAAAAUGAUGGAGGAACUCAGCACCUGAUGAAGGGUUUCGGCCCAAAACAUCAACUGUUUAUCAUUCCCAUAGGUGCUGCCUGACCUGCUGAGUUCCUCCAGCAUUUUGUGUGUGUUAUUCUGGAUUACUGGCAUCUGCAUAAUCACUUGUGUUUAUAAUCUAAUAAAGAUCUCCGGACAUUCUCGGGAUUCAGUGUCUGUCAACCUAGUUACUUUUCAAUAGGUAUAUACAAAGAAAGUACAAAGAAACUAGUUGAACUGGAUGGUUCUUCAAAGAGCAAUAGGGAGAGGAAGUUGAUGAGCUGAAAAAGAGUACCGUAGCUCCUAUGGUUCUAUUUCUGUUGUUCAGUGUGUUGCAAUCAGAUCUGUAAAAUUGAGGAUCAGGCACUAUGUGAAGACAGCAAGGCCGUUUCCUUGUGCUUAACAUUGAAUGCAUACAAUAUAAAGCUCACACUAUGCAUAAGGUCAGUCUGUCUUCAGACUGUAACCACAACUUGAAACUGAGCUCCCUGGUCCAAGACUAUUCUGACAGCAGUCUUCCAGGGCAGAGGUCUAUAGGGUGGCCUUGCAUUAUUGAAAAUUGAACGACUGGCAAAGGAAGUGAAUCAUUCAUUCCACAUACUAAUAUUGAACAGUUGAUGAUACCUCUGCAGUAAGAUCAGAUGUUGCGCAAAAGUUACCGUAACAUCUCAGUGGGAAAUCUUUUUACCUUUUAGAGUACAAGUUGAAACUGCUGCUAUCCCGAAAUCACUAUAUUCCACAACAAUCUCUGCACUGGAUUAAGUGCUCGUGUCUUGCAUUGAAUAUUCUCUCGAUGUGGAUGAACAUGAGAUGGAUCAGAGCCCUGUGCAGUUAAACAAAAAGUGAAGAAUGGAGGAAUUUGUUAGAUGUUGUCAGUAGUACAUUGAACAAAUUUCAUGAUAGCUGAGGGAGUCUUUAGAUACUUGGAAAAUUUCACCCUUGUUUUCCUCUCCUUACGACCUUGACUUUGGUUUAAAAAUAAUUUGUAAAACAUGAUGCAUUGGCUGUGAGCAGUGGAACUGCUUGGCUUUCUACAUAUGGUUUAACCUGGAGUUCAUUUCUUUGAAGUCAAAGUUCAAGCCACAUUUAACAAUAUUUUAUAUUAAGGUAAUGGGACAUCAAAAGUCAGUACAUUAUGGGUGAAACUUACAUCUGUACAUCUAUGGACAUGACUGUUUUCCAUCCAUUGGAACAAAGGAAUCUGGUCUGGAAUCCAGGCAUAUUGUGUUUGUAAAAGCCUCAAAUCUGUCCUGACGAAGGGUCUCGGCCUGAAACGUCGACUGUACCUCCUCCUAGAGAUGCUGCCUGGCCUGCGUUCACCAGCAACUUUGAUGUGUGUUGCUUGAAUUUCCAGCAUCUGCAGAAUUCCUCGUGCUGGCAGAAUUUGUUUGCUUUUCUUGAUGCAGUUUCCUGUUACGGAGGUUGGUCAGAAGUUGCAAUGGUGCCUUGAGAUCGAGUUGGCCUAUGCAGUGUGAGCUGUUUAAAAGUCUGGUACCUCCAGUACACACUAUUGUUUACAAUGAGAUCUGGGAGAGAUCAGCCAUGGUUAUAUUGAAUGGUGGGACAGACUUAAUAGGCCUGGUUGCCUACUCCUGCUCCUGUCUUUUUGUGUUCUUGUGAGGAUAAUCAUUUGAGAUUUCCAGAAAUGUGCAGGUGUUAAAGUAUGGAAAUGAAAAAGAGCUUGUAAUUUUCUGCUAGUUGAAAUGGGGAAGGAUGUGCUUGAUCUUCAGAGUCUGAAGAGCAGCUGUAAGUUGACUCAGCAGGUAAACACGUAGGCAAUGGAUAGCACUUGUACCAACAGUACAAUCCUAUGAAGGAGCUUUGUUCAGAAAGAGCAGUGUUCUGGUACAGGCUGCAGACCACCCCCAAGGUCUUGCAUUUCAUGUUUCUUUGUACUAUUUCAGAAUUACAAAGUACUGUUGCUUGAUGUUUUGUUGAAAGCAGGCUGUCAUUUGAUAUUGAAAGGGGAGAAGUAUGUGAGAAAGUACGUGAAAGUGGGAAGGUAUAAGAGGAACUGGAGAGGGAACGCAGGUAUGAUAGUGUAAAUUUUGCUACCCUUCAGAUUGCUUUUCACAAGCCAGUUUUGAAGUAAAUAAUCUUUUUCCAAAUAUUCAGCUUCCCCAUGAAGUUACUGUUGAUAUGAUCUCAUCUCCCAAAUACAGAGGAAGGGAAGCCCACUUACACCAUGGAAGAGCCAUUGUUUAUUUUUUAACAAUUCCCCACUCUUCCCAACCCCUAUCCCAAAUCCUUUCACUCUCAGGAAUCAGAAUAUAAAGCACUUCCUUGUUAACAGACGCAAUGUUUCCUGCAUGUGGAGUAGUGUGCUAACAUUUAGUGGUACCGUCACCACCGUCUCGCCCUGCUUUUUUCUUGAAAAUUUAAACCAGCUCCUAAAUUUAGAGGCACUUAGCAAUAAACUAUCUACAGAGCAUUUUUGAUUCAUCUCACAAAAAACUUAUAGCUUUUAGUGGAAUGAAACAGAGAAAAACACCAAAGAGAAAGAUAGAAUUGCCUGUUAGCAGCUUUAAUCUUCCUGGGAAUGUUAAAAAGCAGAUUAUUAAUUGCAGCAGAUUGUAUCAGCCUACAAAGUGGUUUUAUUUUGUGGCUUUUAAGAGGAUAUCGAUCUAGAACUAGAGGGUGCAGACACAUGAUGAAGGUAAUUUCUUUUAAGGUUAGGAAAAGAGAAAUUUCUUCUCACAGCAGGUUGUGCAUCUUUGGAAAUUAUCACCCUGGACUGGAGCGAUGUAGGUGUUAAGUCAUUAAAAAUAUUCAAGUGUUCACUAGAUUUUUUGCAUUAUGUGAGUAUCAAAUUAUUUGACUGAGACCAUUGAUUGGAUCGGAAUGGUAGAGACCAGGCCCAGUGACUUUCCUGCUGCUUCUGUGUGUGUUGUAAUUGUAGCAGAUCUGGUAUGUCCAACUCAUUUUCCUGCCCCAUCAGUAUAAACCUCAAUUCCUUUCAUCAAAAUCUCUCACUUUAAAUGUGUGACGACAGAGUACCCGCAACACUGAGACUCCAGGCAGUUCUGGAUGUUUAGUCUGUAUGGGAAUUAGAGGUUAUGGGGAUCAGGCAGGAAGAGUGGAUUUGAGGGCAGUAAUGAGAUAAGCCAUACUUUUAUUGAGUGGGUCUUGUGGGGUUGUACACUCUAGCCCUGCUCUGGUUUCUUUCCAGUUCUGCGGUGUAUGUGUCUGUAAAACAGAAUUCUGGUCAGUUAAGAACCUUUAAUAGUUUCACUUACAAUGCCUUUAAAAGGCUUUCAAUGAUGAACUCUGAAGUCUCAAUGUGAGUUUGUGUGAUAUUAGUCUGCACGUAUCCUAAUAUGGUCCAUAGUGCCUGGCUAGUUGGCAGACAUUCACGGUGGCAUAAUUUCAAGAUGUGGUCCCUUGCAGUGAAUCCUAAACACUAUCCCCUUCAAAUGGGUCAUGGUGAUGGUUGUGGAUUUGUGGGUGGGUGUGUGUUGGCGUUUCCAUUCCAUUUGAAGUGCAUGGACUGAAUGUGCUACAGGAGAAUGAAUUGACCAGUAGGAUGCGAAGAUGGAAUAAUAAUAAUGAUAAUUCCAUCAUAAUCACUCAUGGAAAUUGCUAUCAUUUGAGUGAGGUUGUCUAACAGACUUGGCACAAAGAUAGCAGACGAGGGAGCUCUCUUUCAUCUAAAUUACAGUGGAUAAUAGAUGGGGGCGGGGGAAGAUAUUUCAAGUCGCAGAUUGAUAGAUUUUUUUGUUAUGUAAGGGAAAUGGAUCAGAGAAGGGACCUGUUUUUGAAGUGCAGGGCAGUGCCGUCCUAGUGAUUGGCAGAACAAGCCUAGGGCCUCCUGUUGACUCUGGGGUCUGAAACAAGUAAGCUACACCCGGCGAGGUGGGGGGGCAUUCAGCACACUCCUCAGGUGUGGUGAGGCUGACUAAAGAGUAAUAGCUGAUAACUUUUUAAAGUCCAAUAAAUAGAUAAGGGCUCAGGUAUUCAAAACUACUUACUUAUCCAUCUAGACUUAGCCCUGAUUAUAAUGAAGUGUAGAGAGAAGAGCAGAGGAUUGUUUACUCACUGAGAAUUUACUUUGAAUUCGGAAAGAAACUUUAGAACAACUUGUGCCUCAGAAAUUUCCACUCCCUGAAAUGUGUGAUGUAAAAUCAUUGUAAAAUAAAAGCAGUACACUGGCAACAUUUGAGGCCACAACUGUGGGAAGGGAAAGUCAUACAUCAGAUCAAAGACCAUUUGUCAGAAACUUUAACUCUGUUUCUUUUCUUACAGCUGUGGCCUGAAAUGCUGAAUGUUCCCUUCAUAUUCUGCUUUUAUUUCAGAUUUCCAGCAUUUGCAGACUCUUUUUGAUUUUCAUUGAUGUAAAAUCAUCUUUGCUCCCAAGUUCUUUAUCCAUUCGCAUUAAACUUAGGAUUAAACUCUUAGUUCUUUAUGUUGAAGGAGACAACUGUGUAAAAAAAUACUUUCAGUGGUGUAGUUUCCAAAGAAGCAUUUUACUUUCUGUAGUUGCCUUCAUUCAUACAGACUCUCUGGAUGCCUUGGUUUAUUGUGUUGCCCUCUGGAGGGCAGGCAGUCUGUCCUCCUCCUCACAGCAGCAAAUAACAUUACUCAGUGUGCUGUUGUCAGGAGGGCUGACAGCUUCUCCCCUUUCUCAGACAUGAUUAUACUGUCCACCAGAGGACAGGCAACCUCUCUCCAUUCCCUCACACACAGAUAUGCACAGUGUUUUGGAACCUGUGCUUAAGGGCUGCAGGUUUGGAGCGCAAACAGUGCUACCUGGAAUAAAUCAAUCAAAAUGGUUCAAUUUAUCAGUCAGUUGGAGGUUUUCAAGAAGAAAAUGCAGUUUUAUUGCAUUUUUAUUUUUUUAUGUUUUACUUUGAAUAAAGUUUUUAUUUUAAUCUUUGCAGUUAACUUUGAACUGCAGCGUUCACAUUGAUAGCUUAUACAUUGCAUGCAUAUCACACACUGACAGCCAAAGUGAGCAUUACAUAGAGUAGAUUGGUCAGAAAAGUAGGAAUUAGUAAUUCACAAUAUAUCAAUUGCAUGUUAAUUUAUGGGGUUAUAUGGGUAUCUGUUGAUGCUACAGUGUCCAGUAUUUCUCUUGUUCUAAGCAUGAGAUCACUGCAGGAUUCAGUAGAUCCAGCAGUUUAGAUUGAUCUCAUUUUACAUGUCAGGCAAUAGAAAUGAUAACUUGUUGAAUAUCAGAUCUGUGAGUUUUCUUCCAUUCUGUAAUGUUGACACCAUAUUUCACUGGGCCCUUGUGCUGAAAUGUCAUCUUACAAUACCAGAAUAAUCAGGUGUUGGCAGAUUACUGUUUUUUUCUCCUUAGUGGGCUGGUUAUCAGAUUUAGGAUAGUGUUUAAACUCUACCAGGGAAUAGAAUUUUUUUGAGGUGGAUUAAGUAAAUGUUUCACCUUGAAUGUGGGAAGAGGUUAUUUCAGUAACAUGCUGGCCACGGUAUCAGGAAAUCUUUGGGAACUUGUCAGUGCAAACAAAUGAACCAGUGUAACAUGGCAAAUUGUAGCAUCUCACAGUUUCAGAAUUGUUAGCUUCUUUCUCCUCUAUCCUCACUUGCCUCCCUCUGUCUACAACUCCACAUAGAUCAGCUUUCAGCACCUUUUUUAGGAGAUGUGUCUGCUGCAUACUCUUGUCUCCAUCCUGUCAGAUCCAUUCCCUGAUCUCUCUAUAUCUACACCUAUCCCCUCUGCCAUUUAUAACAUGCUUGUUUAAUGAGGUCUUUCCCCUGAGAUGUUAACUCUGUCUGUCCCUCUUUCCACAGAUGAUGCCAGGCUUUUCUGAUUUCAUUUCAGAUUUUCAGCACUUCAAGCAGUUUGCUUUUUAACCCUUUAUAAUCCUGCAUCUACCCACCCCCAUCUCCAUGCCUUUCUCCAGUUCACUACAGAUUACUUUUGCUUCUUUCUUGAGAUCGAGUUGCCAUGAGCAAACCCAGACCUAAGGUUGCCCAAAGUUUACCUCCUCAUAAUCUUCACCUUCCACUCUUUGCUACUACUGGCAAGACACUGCUCUUCUGUUCAUUCAUCCAGACGGAAGAGUGGGCAGUUGGAGGAGUGAGGUAGGUGCUGUGAUCAAGUGUGUUUCAGCUGUACCCCUCUGAAGCUUGGUGAUAACUGAGUUGUGUAGGACUGGAACUAGUGUUGACAGAGGCAUUAAAACUGUUUGAUGUGGAAGUGGGUGAAGCAGAGUAGGAGGAAUUUGCUUUUUAUGUGAUUCUUGCAUGGAUAAUGUUUUAUUUAAAAAAAACUAAAAAGGCUAUAAUAUUUUCUAUUUAUUUUAUGUUCCGUGUGAACAGUAUGGUGUAUGGGUGAAUGGAGUCUUAUCCUUUCUAGUUUUGCCAUUAUGUUGUGAAUAUCUCAGGGCUUUGAGAAGAGCUCAUUCUGGCAUUGGCAUUGCCGAACUCUGCCUCUGCUACAGAUCACUGUUUCCAAAGUGUCGCAGAGGCUAACUUUCUCUUCAUCUUCACUUUCUUGUGGCUGAACUAAAAAAGGAGAGAGAUCAGAUGCUGUAGUUCUGCAUUUCCCUGUAUCCUAUAUCCGUAUCUGAUUAAUUCACGUCUCUGUUUUCUAUUGAUGUCCCAUCAAAAGUGGUAUCCCCAUUGUUAGAAGAUAUUGCACUUAAACAGCAGAAUACGUUUAACAUCCUUUGAGUGAUUAGUGACUUGUCGUCAUCAUCAUAAAUUAAUGAUUUCUCAUUUUGACCAUCAAAUAAUUACUGAUAUCUAAGUGAUUAAUGAAUCAUUAUUUAAUAAAUAAUUAUUUAUUACUAUCACAUAUCAUCUAUCACAAAUAAUUUAUCAUGAUCAUUUAUUAUAUAGGAAUGUUUUGUAAGUGAUUGAUGUAUCAUCUCAGAUCAAUGAUUUGUUAUCACCAUCCAAUAUAAAUGAUUAAUGAUUUGUCUUUAACUAAAAUGAUCAUCUACCAAUUAUCAAUAACUAUUAUAUCAUCUGUCAUCAUAAGUGAUAAAUGAUUUAUUAUUUGUUUAAAUGAUUAAUCACAGCAUCUGUUCUAAAUGAUUAGUAAUUCAUUGUCUCUGGCAUUGUUGUUGGAGGGUAUAGUGAGGUCAGUAUAACAGUCAUUAACCCGACAACACAUCUGGGCCCCAGCUGCUUGUUUUCUGGUGAUACAUCUUUAAAAAAAAAAGAUGGACAUCCUGCUCACUUCUUGCUGAGAAUGUUUGUGCUUUUUAAGAGUCUUGUGUUCCUGUUCUGUCUCUCUAUACUUUUGCUUAUUAUCUAAGAUCACGGGGAAGAGAAGUCCUGUUGAGGCCAUUGCACCAGUGUGUUGUACAGCUGAGCUCAGAACGCUCACUGCAUGUUACUGCACCUCACAUACAGCACUGUAUUACCUCAUAUUGUACGGCACAUGUUACUGCGUGCUGACUUUUCAAACUUCCCCAAGAUUACUCUGUGCAGUGUAGCUAAACUACGUGCUGGAGAUGCCUUGGUUUGGAUCUGCCAUACCAGUGGGAUACCAUAAUUAAUCUUGGUGUCCUAGGAUCAGCUGAGAGUUGUGAGGAAUAGAAAAACACCCAGUUUCCUGCUCCUGAUUCAUCACCUAAUGUGAAGUGUAUGUUUAUGUAUGUAUGUGUGUGUUGGUUGAGAAGAGACGCUCAGGGUUGCCUUCAAUUGAAUGCCCUGCUGACAAUCACUCUCUGGGUUCUUAUAACACAAGCACAAUGCUGAAGGAUGUUGGGCUGCUGGCUGUCUUGUCUGUCAUGGAGUCAGCUCCUUCAGGAGGGUGGUGUAUCCACCUGAUGCAAGUGUAUCUGGUCUCCCCUGUGGAGAACACCUGAUUAGAACACCAGGAAUUGCCUUUAGUUUCCUUUCACUCAGAUCAUACUGUUCCCCUUGUAUCUUCUCCUCUCUGCCUCUCCAUCUGACUGGCUAAAUGUCCUUUGCAAUUUAAUUAGUCAUGAGGCUCCCCAUCCUUUGUUCUUGUAUCUCUAACCUGGACUAAACACCUCUGUGGGAAGAGAGAGAAAAAAAGAGAGAGCAGGAGGAAGAUGAAUCAAGUUUAGAUGUUUUAAAAUGACAAUUUCUGGCACUUGUACUGCAACAUAUUUACACCAAAACAUCUCGUUCAUUAUGGUCAAUAACAAGAUGUCUGAUGUUUAAUUUUAUGUUGUAAUUCUUAAAUGGAAAAUUAUUCUGAUCAAAACCCAAUUUAAUCCCAAAAGUUGCUCUGUGGCCAAAGACUCACCCUCCACAAGAGUAACUUGAGGCCUUCUAAAGACAAAUGGGAGCUUUCUCGCUUGAAGGCUGGCGUUUUGUGAUAUCUGAAGCCUGGCAGUUUUAGGGCAUGGUGGUGUGGGUAGUUUACCCAUGUCUGUGAUCAGAAUCACAUUUGGCAAUGUUAGUGCUUUAAACUGGAGGAGCCAUAGUGUUUGCUGAAAUUGCCAACUUCACAGCUUCUCUUUAAACAUAUUUCUUGGAAAACAAGUUAAAGCACGUACUUUCCGAAGAGGGACCUGCAUUUGGUGUAAUGCAUGACCAGGAAAAUUAUUGGAAUAAAAAACCAGGAAAUCCUACGUGAGAAUGAUUCAGAUCAACAUUUCAAAGACUUAACCAUUUCAGACCAAGAACAUAGAAACAAAUCAAUGAAUUUAGUGUUAUGGGCAUCCAAAUGAUUGUAUUUUUAAACUCUUUGCAUUGUAAACACAAAUAAAAAGUAUGUACUUUCCA